GGCUCCGCUCGUAGGCCCCGGCUCCGCCAACCCCGGAGUGCGGCGGGGCAGCCAGCCAGCCGCGCUCUUCGGCGGCAGGGGCAUGGAGGAGCGGCGGGCUCCGAGCCGCGCCCCGGAGUCCCCGAAACUUCCGAGCAGGCUUCCGAUAGCGCCGCCGCCGCCGCCACCUCACCUGCCGGCCUGAGAGCGGGACCAUGGAUGAAAGGUUCAACAAGUGGCUGCUGACGCCGGUGCUCACUCUCCUCUUCGUGGUCAUCAUGUACCAGUACGUGUCCCCUUCCUGCACCAGCUCCUGCACCAACUUCGGGGAGCAGCUCCGCGCCGGGGAGAGCCGCCCGCCUGCUGCCCCGAGUCCCGCCCGACGGGCACAGGCGCCCCUCGAUGAGUGGGAGCGGCGGCCCCAGCUGCCCCCGCCACCCCGGGGACCACCCGAAGGGCCUCGUGGAAUCGCGGCUCCGGAGGAGGAUGAGGAUGAAGAUCCGGGGGACCCGGAGGAGGGGGAGGAGGAAGAGGAGGAGGAGCCGGACCCCGAGGCUCCCGAAAACGGCUCCCUGCCCAGGUUCGUGCCGCGCUUCAACUUCACCCUGAAGGACCUGACCCGCUUCGUGGACUUCGACAUCAAAGGGCGCGACGUGAUCGUGUUCCUGCACAUCCAGAAGACCGGGGGCACCACGUUCGGCCGGCACCUGGUGAAGAAUAUUCGCCUGGAGCAGCCAUGUAGCUGCAAAGCCGGCCAGAAAAAGUGCACCUGCCACCGGCCGGGCAAGAAAGAGACCUGGCUGUUCUCCCGCUUCUCCACCGGCUGGAGCUGCGGGCUGCACGCCGACUGGACGGAGCUCACCAACUGCGUGCCGGCCAUCAUGGAGAAGAAGGAUUGUCCCCGUAACCACAGCCACACCAGGAAUUUCUACUACAUCACAAUGUUGCGGGACCCAGUGUCGCGUUACCUGAGUGAAUGGAAACAUGUCCAGAGAGGGGCCACGUGGAAAACCUCUCUCCAUAUGUGUGAUGGAAGGAGCCCCACCCCGGAUGAGCUGCCUACCUGCUACCCUGGGGAUGACUGGUCUGGGGUCAGUUUGCGGGAAUUCAUGGACUGCAGCUACAACCUGGCCAACAACCGCCAGGUGCGCAUGCUCGCAGACCUCAGCCUGGUGGGCUGUUACAACUUGACUUUCAUGAACGAGAGCGAGCGAAACACCGUUCUGCUGCAGAGUGCCAAGAGCAACCUGAAGAGCAUGGCCUUCUUCGGGCUCACCGAGUUCCAGAGGAAAACACAGUUUCUCUUUGAGAGGACAUUCAACCUGAAGUUCAUCUCUCCUUUCACACAGUUCAACAUCACACGGGCUUCCAACGUGGACAUCAAUGAGGGAGCCCGCCAGCACAUCGAAGAACUGAAUUUCCUCGACAUGCAGCUUUACGAGUACGCAAAAGAUCUCUUCCAGCAACGCUACCAUCACACUAAACAGCUAGAGCACCAGAGGGACCGCCAAAAGAGGCGUGAGGAGCGGAGGUUGCAGCGGGAGCACAGAGCACAUCGGUGGCCCAAAGAGGAUGGGGCCACAGAGGGGACUGUCACCGAGGACUACAACAGCCAGGUGGUUAGGUGGUGACCCUCUGCUGGCUCCUGGUUAGGAAGGGGAUGUAAGCAGGCGUCUUGUGCUUCCGUUGGAUGGCGUUGAAGAAGUAGGGCCACGCUGAGGACCUCUGGCGGUUAAUUCGGACAUCUGCUUCCUCUUUGUCUUCGUUUUCAAUCCAGCUGGAAACUUUCCAUCUUGUUCCGUUUCCUUUUCUACACUAUUUUCUGAUGGCUGAUAUUAAGUGGGAUAGAAAUGUAUCCAACAGACCGUUGUAGAGGGGGUCAAGGGAGGCCAAAAA